AUGAGCGAGGAUGAAGAGGAAGGAAAAAAUGACUGUAUUCCGAGCUGCUGCAGUAGGAAUGGAGAAUGUUCUAGUUCCAGAUUGGCUCUGAUAAAGUCUCCAGACUCAAUUUUGGGAACUUGGACGAAAAACUCGACUUUGAAUUUGCUCUGCAAAAAUGCUACGGAAUGCGAAGCUGACUUUAUAACUGAAAUUUCGACUUCUUCAAUCGUAUUGUUUUCGAAAAUUACUGAAGAAUUUACAGUUUUAGUCAUUUACAACGAAUCAACGUCCCUUCUAUCAAAAAUUCUAGUUUCAAAAGAAGGUCGCCAAAAAACCGUGGCCGAGCAGGAAAUAUCGCUUCCGUCAGAGCAGAGUUUGUUUCUAGACUCGGACGAACAAUGGCAAUACGAGCACGGCGUCCUUUUCAAAGAAGCCAAUUCGAACAAAUUUGCACUUUCCAGUUGCGAAAAAGCCGGCAGCGAUUGUGCGGCGUGCCAAGCUCUUGAAGACCCGGAAUGUCGAUUCAAAGAUGGAACUUGCUCGCCUGUUGACUUUGCCAAUUCUCUCUGGGGAUGCCCGCUCGAGCCGAUCAUCCCUCGCAGUUUUUAUUUGAUGAAAGUGCAAAUUUCAAACUUGACGGGACGAGUCACGUGGCUGCGCGAAAACGGCCAAGAAAUCGAAACAAGCUUCGGAAGUGACGAAAAUUACGGCCUUUACAUCGACGAAGAGCAUUUUGAAGACAACAAGGUGAUUUUGAAGACGCAAAAAAUGAACUACGAAGUCGAUGUUACGGAAAAGGCGUUUUUCAUGCAGAGCCCGACGCAGCUGCAGAUUUUUGAUUCAAAAGACAAAAAUAUGGGCUGCGAAGAGCGCUUAUCCUCAGCCUUCAUGGAAAAAACAAAGGUAGAAAUGGCUCUCCACCGAAAUCUCAAAACUCAAAAAGAAACCGAAACAGCGCUCAGUGAAAAGAUUCAAGAAUCGCAAAAUCUAUUCGACGAAAAUUCGCAGUUGAAAAUUGCGAUUGAAAAUAACGCGAGGAAAUUUGAAGCGGAAAAGAAAGAAUUGGAAGGAGAAAUUGAAAAAUUUGAGAAGGAACUGGAAGAACUGAGGCAUGAGCUGAAAAUUCACAACGAAAAAAUGGCGCUGAAAACUGCAGAGUACAAAAGCUACGAAACUCAUCAAAAGUCGCUCUACUGCGGAAACGCGCUAGAAUUCUUCUCUGGUUUUAUCGCCCUCACUCUUGCGGUCUUUCUCUUCACGCUUUGGAAGUUCAUCAGCUUCAGAAGAAAGAAACAGAAGGAAGAAAAGCUGGAAAACGGAGCAAUCAUCACUUCCGGAAACUCGACGAAUUCGAAAAAGACGAAAAAUAAUUCAAAUUCCAACAUGGAGAAAAUUGAGAUCAGAGCUGACGAAGAUCCACUCAUUCAAAGAUCCAUGAGUCCACAUUCCCCGACAGGCUUUACCGGUGGCUACGCUUCACUUUCGCCAAUUCCAUCUAAAAUCGCAUCCGCUCGAUCAUUGGCUCGCUCGAAAACAGCGACACCUACUGCAUUCGAACCAGCGGUUCGAAUAACGAGUCUGAGUCAACCGAGCAUGAGCCGAAUUUCUUCCUCCGGAGUGCCGGCGAGCCCGGACGAGGAAACUGCCCUACUUACCAAUUCCAUGCGCAGAAAAGUUCUUCUCUGA